UCAGGGCCCCGGAAGUGGGAGCUGUGUGUUCUCAUGCGAACGGGAAGGAGCGUUGGGGAUCCGGAGUCUCGAGGCUGAGACAUUUUCGGGCCCGAAAGGGGAAGAAUCCGCUGCCGCCGCCGCAGCCAGCCCGCGCCCGCCCUUCGUCCCUGCGUCCGGCCCGGCCCGGCCGCGCCGCCUCUUCCUGCCGUCUCCCUCCUCGGCUGUCCCCGCGUGUUGCGCGGUCGCCGGGCACCGGGGCUGCGGCGAGGAGCCCGCGGGCGGCCGGUCGGGCGGGGCGGGCGGCGCUGACAGCAUCCUGAAGUUUACAUUAAACUUCUCCCAGUGGAGCCCAUGACUUCUGAUCAGGACGCUAAAGUUGUGGCUGAACCGCAGGCGCAGCGAGUCCAAGAGGGCAAGGACAGCUCUCAUCUGAUGAAUGGUCCUAUAUCUCAAACCACUUCUCAAACAAGUUCCAUCCCAGCUUUGAGUCAGACCCCUUAUCAGCUGCCAGCACCAGAAGAUGGUGUUAUUUGGGGAUGGCAAAGUAGAGGUGGGCAGUUAGUACCAACAACUAAGGUUUCAGAGCUAAACCCCAAUGCGAAAGUAUGGGGGACUCAUAUGUUACAUUUGGAAGCAAAUAGUGCAGCUGUCGGCGUGAGUGCUGCAUGGGAGGAGACAGCCGGCCAUGGUGCAGACUGCAGCCCGCAGGGAUUGGAUGUCAAUGGUGAUGGUGACAAAAGUCAUGAGAAUGCAGCGUUACCAGAUUUACAGGAGUCAAACCAGACAGACAUGAAUGCUUUGGCUCUGGAUCAUGCAGAAUAUGAAUCUCUACCUGAAAAUAGUGAAACAGGAGGAAAUGAAACUCAACCAGAAAGCCAGGAAGACCCUCGAGAAGUACUUAAAAAAACAUUGGAAUUCUGUUUAUCUAGGGAGAAUCUUGCUAGUGACAUGUAUCUUAUAUCACAGAUGGAUAGUGAUCAGUAUGUGCCAAUUACAACGGUAGCUAACCUUGACCAUAUCAAGAAACUCAGUACUGAUGUGGAUUUGAUUGUUGAAGUGCUAAGAUCUUUACCUUUAGUCCAGGUGGAUGAGAAGGGAGAAAAAGUAAGGCCAAAUCAAAAUCGUUGCAUAGUAAUAUUGCGAGAAAUAUCUGAAUCUACCCCUGUGGAAGAAGUAGAAGCACUAUUUAAAGGAAAUAAUUUACCGAAAUUUAUAAACUGUGAAUUUGCCUAUAAUGAUAAUUGGUUUAUUACGUUUGAAACAGAAGCUGAUGCACAGCAGGCUUACAAAUACCUGCGAGAAGAAGUCAAAACUUUUCAAGGAAAACCAAUUAAGGCGCGGAUAAAAGCAAAGGCAAUAGCUAUAAACACGUUUUUGCCAAAGAAUGGAUUUAGACCUCUCGACAUGAACCUUUAUACACAGCAGCGUUACACAACAUCAUUUUAUUUACCUCCAGUAUACAGUCCCCAACAACAGUUUCCUCUGUACAGCCUGAUUGCCCCCCAGACAUGGUCAACAACGCAUAGCUAUCUCGAUCCACCCUUGGUAACUCCAUUUCCAAAUACUGGAUUUAUAAACGGGUUUACGUCUCCAACCUUCAAACCUGCAGCCUCUCCUCUGACUUCACUCAGACAGUAUCCUCCCAGAAGCAGGAAUCCUACUAAGUCUCAUCUGCGCCAUGCGAUUCCUAGUGCAGACAGAGGCCCUGGGCUAUUAGAAAGUCCUUCAAUAUUUAACUUCACUGCAGAUCGAUUAAUUAAUGGUGUCCGGAGCCCACAGACAAGGCAAACAGGGCAAACUAGAACACGAAUACAAAACCCCUCAGCUUAUGCCAAGAGAGAGAUUGGAACUGGGCGCGUGGAGCCAGGUAGUCUUGAAUCCUCUCCUGGUUUAGGGAGAGGAAGGAAAAAUUCCUUUGGCUAUAGGAAGAAAAGGGAGGAGAAGUUUACGAGCAGCCAAACUCAGUCUCCAACACCACCAAAGCCUCCAUCACCAAAUUUUGAACUGGGUCUGUCCAACUUCCCCCCAUUACCUGGAGCUGCAGGCAAUUUGAAGACAGAGGACUUGUUUGAAAACAGGCUAUCUAGCUUGAUAAUAGGAUCAUCAAAAGAAAGGAGCCUCAAUGCAGAUGCAAGUACGAACACUAUUCCUGUAGUGGUCCCCAGAGAACCCUCAUUGCCGGCUUCUUGUGCUGUAUCAGCAACAUAUGAACGAUCCCCCUCCCCAGUCCAUUUACCUGAGGAUCCCAAGGUGGUAGAAAAGCAGAGGGAAACCCACAGUGUGGACAGACUCCCUUCUGUUGUUACUACAACUGCGUGUAAAUCGGUGCAGGUGAAUGGAGCCGCCACAGAAUUGCGAAAGCCCAGUUACGCGGAGAUUUGUCAGAGAACGAGUAAAGAGCCGCCUUCUUCCCCAUUGCAACCCCCAAAAGAACAAAAGCCAAACCCUGGCGGUUGUGGGAAGGAAGAAAAGAAGCUCGCUGAGCCUGUGGAGAGAUACAGGGAGCCCCCUGCCCUCAAGUCCACUCCCGGAGCCCCCAAAGACCAGAGGCGGCAGCCUGGGCGCCGGCCCUCGCCCCCAGCUGUUGGGAAGCGUCUUCACAGAGAACAGAACACUCCCCCCAAGUCUCCUCAGUGAAAACCGUAUGUCUGGGAGGGGUUGCAAAGAGCUGUAUUAACCACAAACGAAACACUCUUCCCACUCAGUACGAGAAUGAGUCGCUGGUUAGGCGCUUGCAGUGUCUGUGAGGCCCAUGGAAUGCCUGCAAGUUAUUUUUUCUUCUGUGAGUCGGAUUCUCCCCUUCUUGGAAAAAAAAAUCUGUUUUUCAGGAUUUAAUUAAUAUAAACCUUAUUUUAGGUUGGUGCUUAACUGGAGGUGAUGCAUAAGUCUGAUUUUUUUCAGGAUAGAAAAUGCAUUUAUCCCAACAGAUUGAUGUUUUUUAUUAAGCCUCCAUGUGGCUCUGAAUGCAAGCUAUAUAUAGUGAGUUUUUCUAAAUUAAGGGAACUAUGCUACUUCAUUUUUUUUUUAAAUAAUAUUGAUCUGCAAGUGCGUAUCUCAGAUGCCCCAGCAGAUGGAUGAGGGCUGGCAAGGGCGGCCUUGGCCUCGAGGUGGAAAGGGGUUGGCAGUGUCAGGUUGCCGACACACUGGCAUGGGAGCUGUGCUUUCAUCUAAACUGUUAACAAGUGAUUCUAGCAUUUAAAAAUACAUAGAAAUGUACAUAUAGGUCUCUUUGGAUCCAGUGGGCAGAAAGAACCUGCAGAGCGCACCCUAGAGAAACCUGAAAGCUUUGAGUCUUGACGUCCUGCCAGCAAGUAGCCAGCUUCUCCCUUUAAUUGCAAGUGGCUAUUACCUAAAAUCAAUUCAAAGCACAUUGUGAAUAGAACCUAAAUGCAAAUAUACUUUGUUGGCCACUGACACGUUGCCAGGACGUUGUACCAUGGAGUGGUUUAUGAUCCCCGUGAGCUGGCUGCUCUGGCUCUUGGCCUGGUGCACCUGCUGCAUGCACAUUUCUGUCCAUGCUCCCCGCCCCCAGGCACUCUCUGAAGAGAGUCCUCAUCUUAGCUCCAUGUGGACGUCUUCCUGAACCUCUGCAUCAGCACAUGGAUUUAAAGUUAUGUAAAAUGGUGAGAGAAUGGUGUUUGUGGUUUUUUCCCCUCUUUGGCUGGUGGAGGACAAAAAUUGUUGCUCUUUUUACCUCCAAGAUGAGGGUCUCAUUGAUUCCCUUCUAGAAGUGUUGUACUUCUGAAGAACAAGGAUGCACUAAAGUUAGCAAGUUUAUAAUAAAUUUAAAUAUAAAUUAUUUUAAAAUGCCUAAAAUUUUUCUUUAAGUAUUCUAAGCAGCAGACAUUAAAAUAUUUCCUGCUACAUGUAACCAUACAGUUUAUUCCACAAAAUGUUAUUUAACAAGACUGAGGUUGUUUUUUUUUUUAAAAAUUAUUUCCAUCCAAUAUUUAAAGACUUGAAUUUUAUUUAAACUUGAAAAUGACUUUGCCUUAACUUUUGUAUAAGACAGCUUAGAGUUCAUGGAGACCGGCCCCUGGGUUGGCGUGAGUGGAUCAGAGUUACUCAGUUACCGUGUGGAUCUCUUGUCGCUAGUUUUACUGAGUAAGCAUACCGUAGUACAAGAACUAGCAGUAGUUUUUGUAAUAUACCUUAAGGAUCUUAAACAGUUGAUCUUUUUUCAGAUUGUUGAAAAAUCCUGUAAAUGCAAAUAGUUGAUACUGUAUUAAAUAUGUGCACUUGGGAGUGUGCUUUGCUUGUACAGUUGUAAAUAAUCAGAACAUAUUAAAAAAGGUACCCUACAGAGAAAAUCUGAUAAAAAUUAUUGAUAUAUUAUAAAUGUUGAUGUUGAGCUGGAUGUAGAUAAACUAAAUGUUGUGGUUUGAAUAUUAUUUUAAUUUGUUGAGGUUUUUCCCCCCCUCUCAUACUGGUGUGUUGAACUGAUUUUGCCUCUUUGCUGCAAAAGGGAAAUGGAAAGUCUUAUUAAAAGCCGUGAGAUGUUUUCAUACUCUCUUGCAAAGUAUGGAAAUGCAUACUAGUCAUAUCUAAUGUGAAAGAAUUCCGAAGUACAAUGUAGAAAGCAGAAACUGGUAGGAUCUUUUAAGUCAAAGUGAAAAAUGAAUUACUAAAUCGAAUCAUAUAUUGCUAAGUGUGAUUUACCCUACCAGAGGAAAACCUGCCUGGUGUGUCUCACGGUUUCCUUCAGGGCAGUAGUCAUUAUUCAGAGACGUAGAAAUACACACAGUGCUAAUAAGUUUAAAAUGCCUGAUAAAGGAAUGGGAGAAUUAAUUUCUUGGUAGCUGUCAGAUCGCUGGAUCGAAAACUCGGAAAUAAUUGACCUCUUCAAACCAAACCAAGAGAUUCUGUAAACACUCAGAGGGCAAGCUCUGAGAUCCGGGGCCCUUUGUGUCACUUCUUUGAAAAGAGGUGCCAGGGUGUGCUCAGCCAUCCCUGUCCCCACACACCAGUGGGUCUGUAACAGUAAGUCCUUUCCCCAGCGUGUGAGCUUUGCAGCACGACGUGUGUGUGAUUAGAGCCAACUGUGGUUGGUUGUUUGCAAGCUAAAAGGCUAGAGCUCAAGAGCAGCAUGCAGGAGAGCAGUGGGCACGUGGAGUAGCAUCGCACAGAGAAGGGGCUGUGCUGGUGGGUUCUGCUGCCAGCGGACGAGGUCAGUACACUGUAAUUACCGCUUAGCCAGCGACAGUCUGUUGCAUCCAGAGCUGAAACCUUGCUCAGAUGUGAUUUUUAUAGCAAAGGUGAUAUGCCAAAUAGCUAUUUAAUGUUGAACAAAAAGCCUGUCUGAUAUUGCUUUGGAGAUGUUCCACUCAGAAAAAAAAAAAAAAAAAUGGGAGUUUUCACAAUAGGAAGCUGUGACGGCACAUAGAGACUGUUGCUAAUUUCACAUACAGCUAAUGAUAUGUGGCUUUCAUACAAUUUUUAAAAUUUAACUCAUUCCUUUCCCCACCCCCAGCAGUACCUCAAGUUAUAGAAUCAGAGAUACAGCAAUCACAAAUGACAUUUUAACUUGUAAAAUUGUGUGAUGUUACUUACCAUUUGGAAAUAUAGGAAUAAGAACCUGGUCCCAUUUCACCAGACGUGAAUUUCAAGUAGAGUAGUUGUUCUCUUAAGAGUUGGUGUCAUGGUGUUUCCAAACAGUCCCUCCUGUCAUCGCAUCACUGGUCGCCACUAGCCAAUGGCGGGAAUGUCUUACGUUGCUGUAUUGGUCAGGAUGUCUGCAGUUUACAUUUAAAAACUGGUUCGGUGUAUCACAACAGGUGACUAAUGGUGCAUACCUGUCUUUGUAUCCCCUUCAGUGAGUUAUAGUUGUGGGUUUUGUGUGCUUCAUAGCCUGUUACACAGAAAGCAGCAGACAAUCGAAGAUUUAAGGAGCAGUAACAGCUGCCAGUUCACAAGAUGGGAGUGUAAUGUGGAAGCUUUCUUGAGGGUUUUUGUUUUUGUUCUACUUCUUUUCAUUAAGACUGGAAUCAAGCUUACAUGUAAACUAUUGGUAAUUUAAGUUUCCUUUUGUGUCAUUCAGUGUAAAACUGUCUAAUUUGAAAAAAAAAUGUAGGUUAUGAAAAAUAAAGAUUUAGGCACUGUUCA